CCCUAUUAUCGCCCAAGGACGCAGAUUUCAAAUAUUCAUGAAAUUUCUGAAAAUGUAUUGAUUUGGGCCUACUUCUCAGAUGAUCUUGGCUGGAGUUAGCUUGAAAUAUGGCAGAGUAUUACUCUUAAGACCUGUAUCAAGUAUUUGCACGUUCAACAUGUCGAAAUAUCGAAAGAAACACACUUGGGAUAGAGAUCAGAAAAAACUCCGAGUUCUGGUUGAUAUGGACUGUGUGCUAGCUGAUUUUGAAACAAACUUUUUGAAGCGAUAUAAAGAAAAAUAUCCAGACGAGCCAUUUAUACCUUUAGACAAAAGAAAGGGAUUCUACCUUACAACCCAAUAUGAAAAGAUUGGAGUCCAUAAUGAUAAGAUAUACAGUGUCAUCAAUGAGGAAGGCUUUUUCCUUACUCUUCCACCUAUAGCAGGAGGCAUUGAAGCCUUAAAAGAAAUGUCAGGACUACCUGGGGUAGAUGUGUUUCUGUGCACCAGUCCAGUCAUAAACUACCAGUUUUGUGUCAAGGAAAAGUAUGACUGGGUUCAGAAAUAUCUUGGAAAAGACUGGGUUGAGAAAUUGAUUCUUACACGAGAUAAGACAAUCAUUCAUGGUGAUCUUCUUAUUGAUGACAGGCCAAGAAUAAAAGGGUGUGAACAUGAGCCUCUCUGGAGACAAGUUCUGUUCUCCGCAUGUCAUAACAAGACAUACAAAAUCAGCAAUGAGAUUCGCUUAGACAGUUGGGACACUAAUCUAUGGCUACCAAUGAUUUUAGAGGCUCAAAAACGAAAGUCCUCAGAAGUUCAAUGAGUUUUUAGAGUUUUGAUAUUUUAUAGUUUUUAAGAGGAGUAUAGUCAUCACAUAACAUUUUAGAUCCUUAGCUAAUCAUUUAGAUAUAUCAAAUUACAAUUAAAACAGAAAAUCUUCAUUUACACUUAUUUCUUUAAUACUCAUUUUUUUGUUACACUUGUGAACUAUAGUUCUAUCUAUCUAGAACUAUUACCCUUUAGUAAAAUCAAAUUCACUUGAAGAAUGUGUAAGUCUUAUUGUACUCUUCAGGCUGGCUGAAAUCUCAAGGAGGAUUGGCUCCCAGAAUGCCACAUCGAUAUUCUGCCCCAAUCCUCCUUGCUGAAAUCUUGUACAUGCAUUGUAUAUGCAUUUCCAGGAAAAUCAUGAGGGA